GGGCUAUUCGCAAAUGCCAUACUGUUGGUAUUUCUGAGUGGAAAUGAUAAUUUCAAUUGUCACAUACAUCACAAUUACUUCAAAUAGUUGUGUAAACAGAAAUGGCGAGUUGGAAUGGUACUUCCGAAUCAGGAAUUUUAAGAAAAAUUAUUAAAACGGAAAACCAUGACGAACUCUUAAUAUUUGGAUAUGCUUGCAAACUAUUUAGAGAUGACGAGAAAGCCCUGUAUAUCGAUCAAGGAAAACACCUUAUUCCCUGGAUGGGUGAUGAAUCUCUAAAAAUUGAUAGAUAUGAUUGUCGUGGUGCCUUAUCAGAUCUAACAAAAUAUGAGGCCAGCAGAGAGGGCUAUGAUGCUACUAGAUGGUUGGGACUUAGUGAAAAAGAAAGAAAUGUUGAAGAAUUAUGUGAUAAGGAAAGGUAUCACUCUCUUUUAAUUAAUGAAGAAGAAGAACAAAUGUAUAAAGAAGAGGAAAUAAAAAGACAAAACACCAAUACUUUCCAAUAUAGUUAUGAUGUACCCCAGAACCCUGAACUGAAAAAAAAUGAAGAUGUUCCAACAGUUGCUGAAGCUGAAGAAGAAUACAAUCCUCCACCUAUUCUUGACCUACCAAUAGAUAUUGAAUGGCCUAAGACUGUAAAGGAGAAUGCAAGGAUAGAAAAAACUGCAUUGUUUGUGAGCAAACAAGGACCACAGAUGGAAAUCCUUCUCAAGGCAAAGCAGGCGGAUAAUCCACAAUUUUCAUUUCUUAACCAAGAUGAUAAAUUGUACACAUUUUAUAGACACAUUUUAUCGCUGUUUAAAAGUGGGAGGUAUCAUGGAUAUGAGGCCCACACUAAACAUACAAAUGAAAACAUAUCAGAAAAUUUGGACCAUGAUUCCAGCUCACACUAUUUGCAUCCAAGUUUGACUUCAUCAACAGCAGCAGAACCGGCGGCUACCACUGCCAUUACCAUACCCCAGAUUCCAUACAAGCCGUCAGUGAACUGCGCUUAUAGUCAACUGGUAAAUCGUAUACAGGGUAAUCAAGCUGAGACACAAGAGACGCCCAAGAUGCCGGAUUAUGCGCAGAUGACCUACGAACAACAGCAAUACUACCAGUAUUACUAUGUACAGCAGUAUUUUGAGUAUUAUAAGCAAUUGGCUUUACAUCAACAAGGACAAGCUGGAAAUCCAGGUGAAUUUAUCCCACCGGCAGAUUUCCAAAACUUAGAUCCAUCACUUCAAACUUAUAUCCAACAAAUAGGCUACAACCAGUACCUUCAAUAUCACCAUCAGUCGAAUAAUUCGUAUGUUCAGACAGCAACUAAGGCAAAUGAAGGCGCUAAUAGUACAGUAACCCAAUCUCCUCAAUAUGUGCCAGGUACUAAACUAGUAGAGGAAGAAAGGACGGUUACAAUAGUCAAAGAAAGAAAAGAAGUUGAGCUGAACAAGCCGUUAUUGUCACUUGCCGCUUAUGGAUCAGGAUCUGACAGUGAGUCGGAAGAUAGUACGGAAAGUGAUGAUAAAACUGUUAUAAGAAUUGAUAAAGUUGAAGUAGAAUCUUAUCCUGUCCCUACAGAUGAAACUAAAAUCGUUAUAGACAAAAUGGCACUGUAUGUUUCAAAAAAUGGGGAACAAUUUGAAGAGAUCGUCAAAACUAAGAAUGAUCCUAGGUUUGACUUUUUACAUAACACUCAUAUUUUUUAUAAAUAUUAUAAAGAAACUCUUAAAGGGUUUACGAACGAGAAUACAGAAAACGGGCAGCAAGAUAAAGAGGAAAAAGACGAAAAGGACGUAAAAAAGACGCAAAAGGAGAAAAAAGAGAAGAAAGUAAUCGCUCCGGUAAGUUUUUCCAUAAAGAAAACAAAAGAAGAACCUUCAAAAGAAAUUAAAAGUGCUUUACCAGUAGAAGAAAGUAGUGAUGAAGAACAGUCGAAUUCAACUUUAACGACUCCAGAGAAGCCCAAAUCUCCUGUAUUGCCUUCUACCCCUUCAGUUACCGUUUGGAGAAUUGGCGGUGAAGUACCAAAAAAGAUUAUACCAGAAAAAAUAACAGUAUCCGUUGCUGAAAAUACCGAAGAAGUUAAACAAAUAGAAGAAGAUAAGAAAAAUUCUAUUUUAAGUGAAGAAGAUCCUAUUCUAGAGAUGAUGGAAUUAACAGAUGGUUUGGAAGAGAAAAAAGAUGUCAAAAGAGCAGAAGAUAAAAUAAAAGACAAGCUAGCAGCAGCCGCUAGAGAGAAACUUGCUUCAGUUACUCGAGACAGAGCUCUUCAGUUAGAAAGAAAAAAGAAAGCAGCCGCCUUUCUGAAACUAAAAUCAGUCGAAACCAAUCACAAACCAAUCGAAAUCAAUUCUGAAGAUAGCCAUAAUUCCGAUAAAGAAAAAUCACCCCUUAGACGAGAUUCUAAAGACUGCAUUGAAAUAAUAGAAAUAGAUUCAGAAGAUUCUCCUCCCAAGAAGAAGAAACAUAAGAAAGAUAAAGACAGACAUAAAGAUACAAAGUACAGUCGGUCUAGAAGUAAAUCAAGAGAAAAACGGAAAGAAAGAAAAAAGGAUAGGGAUAGAGGUAGACGUAGAAGUAUCGAUACUGAUGAAGAAGAAGAAUAUAGAAAAAGGAAAGAGAGAAGGAAAAAGUCACAUAGGAGGAAACAUUCAAAAACUCGACACGAAGGAAGAAGUAAAAGGAAAUCCAGAAAACGACAUCAAAAAUCUGAAUCCCGGAGCUCUGACAGUACUGACAGCGUAUUGUGACAACGUCUCUGAAUUAUUAGUAAUAAGGUUAUUUGUUUAUUCAAUAAAUAUGAAGGACAUUGUGCUAAUAAACAAAAUAUUUCUCAAGAUAUCUUAAAUUUAUCUAAGUAGUGUUGAAGGUUAUAGCCAGAUCUUUACUUCUGUCAUACAGCUGUAAAUAACUAGGAUGAUAUGAGGAAACAGUGUUGUUGGUCUUGUUGAUAUUGUAAUUUUAAUUUUGUGAAUGUAUAUGUAGUAUUUGAAACAAAAUAUUGUGUUCAUUUUCACGAAAAAUCAUUCUUCAAACUUAUUAAAAAAUUCUUAAAGUGAUUUUGUUAACUGUUAUUAAAUUGGUCUAAUUGAUCAGCAUCCAUACAAACUUAAUACACGAAUUCAAAAUAUAAUGUGGAACUGAGUGGAAACUUUCUUUUAUGAAAAGUUAUAAGAAACUCAUGAAUUAAUAAAAAACAUUUUGAAUCAAAUGGAAUUGCUGAAGUAUUAUUUAAUGUUAAAAAUUAAAUCAAAAGUUAAAAAUCAAAAAUCUCCAAAGAAUGAAUCCAUUGAAAAUAAAAUAAUUUAAUCAAUGUUAGCUUACAAUCAUAGCAUUCAUUCACACAUAAAUAGAAGAGUUGCUUGAAAAGUUUCAUUUUAAGCCUAUCCGAUCUACCCCUUUCUCCUCAAAAUGAAAAUCUAUCCUGAAAGUGAAACUUAGGGUUAGGAAACAGGAAAAAGUCUCUGGGGGCUGGAAAUGAUAUGCAGUGGGAAGUCAACCAAUUUGAAUGGCAAUUCAUGAAUUUUAGUCAUGGCAAUCACUGAAGUGUGAGAAGGUGCGUUGUCCUGUUUGCAAAGUAUUUCCUUUUUCUUCAAAUGAUGUCGCUUUUUUGCAAUUUCUCACUCUAUCUUAUCAAGCGAUAAUCCGUGACACUCUGAUGUUAUUGUUUUACCUUUUUGAAGAUGUCUAUCAACGCAACCCGAUAUGACUAUACUUUUUCGGAGUAGGCUUGCCCAAAUCUAUGUCUUGAUCAUUUUUUCGUUUCAGGAAUGUAGUUGUGGAUCCAGGUUUCAUCUACAGUUAUGAAUCGACGCAAAAAAUCCGUCUCAUUUCACUUAAACCACGAUAUUGAGGCCUAAGAAAUGUAAAUUCGAAUAUAAUUUUGGCCAAAGUGGCACCCAUCGUGUGGAUAGCUUACGCAUUCAUUAUUCAUCAAUCAGUAUAUGGAAAUGCGUUAUUUUAAUAUGCCGUUUACGUCUUCUAUCUUUCUAACCUUAAUCCGACAAUGUUCCAGUACCAUUUGGUGAACUUUUACGAUGAUAACGCUGGUUUUUAGUUUUUAGCUGUCCCGGCGUAUUUCCUUUCAACUUAUAUUGUUAAGUGGUGACAUUUUCAAACAAAUAAUCCUCGUAGUAAAGCACAUCUCAGUAUUGAAAUAUAUAUAAAGUGGUGGCCCAAAUCAUAAAUACAAAAUUAAAUAUACAAUAAUUCAUGUGAAACAUAAUUUAUUUCAAUAAAAAUAAAUCAGAUUCUGUUCACAAUAAAAAUUGAAAAAUUAAAAAACGAAAAAUAUACACAACUAAAUACGAGGCUAUUGAAAGCCAACUAACAUUGAAACACGCACAACUUCAGGCAAGAUUAUGAUAAUGUCUGCCAUCUUCAUUCAAUCGAGUAAUUAUUGACUCGAGUAUGAUGUUGAAUUGGUUGACCUACAUUUUUGUUGCAUCUUGUAUAUGUGCUUGAAACUAUAACAGUCAGAAAUAAGUUUCCCAAUAAAGAAUUUUAUAAUUAUAUUUGUAAAUUAUUUAUUAUCAUUUUGUAUAUAACGGAUUUGUAGAAAAAAUUAAGUCAAUAAAACAAUUUUAUAUUAAA